UAAACACUGAGUCUCCAUCUGUUAUUUUGUGUGUACACAUUUUGUAGUACUGUAGUGGAAAAGUAUCUGUUGCAGCUGUGAAUUGGAUUCGUAAGGAGUUUUGUUGAUUACUAAAUGAGGUAAGGAGAGGGGAUGUUGUGUAAUAAGUGAAUUUUAAAGAGAGAGAGAAGAGAGAAUUAUCUUGUUUUUGACAUUAUAAAAAUCUUGUAUAGCUGCAUUAUGUUUGACAUGAGUGGGAGGGGGAUGGUGUAAAUGAUAAAUCUGUUUCAUUUCCAUAGUGUAGGAUUUUGAAUGUUCAGGAUUAGCCUGGCUUGAAUUCUUGAAAUAUGAUUUCUAUGAAGAUAAACAGUGAAUGAUUAGGAAGAUAUGGUGUGCUGAGUAUCAAACAAUCAGAGAAAUAGAUUUCUUAGUUCAAUUUUUUCAGUAUCUGACUCUUGGCAGGUGGCAGACAAUUUUAUUUGAAUCGUUUGGUUUGUAGUUCACUUACAAAUUGAAAAGGCAGUGACACUGAAGAGAGAAGGUUAUGGUGAACAUUGAUGAUGUUAGGAUUAUUUAAAUAUUGCUUUCUCCCUCUCAUUGACUUUGUCUUGUGGUAAUGAUUCAAGAUCUACAGACAUGCCUAAAUACCGGAAUAUAAAUUAAGAAAUUCCAAAAGGUGGGUUUUACCUCAUUCAAGGAAUGGUUAUAGGAUUAUGUUCAUGUGGUUUUGAUUGUUGUAAUGUUUUAUAAGUUGACAAGUCGUAUUUCAAGACGACCCCGUGUAAACGUGCUAAAUGCUGAAUACUUCUUGUUGGCAUGCAGAAAUGUUUAGUCAAUCCUGUCUAUGUUAGGAGCGACAGAUGUGUAAACAAUUCAUCCCUGUUACAUUGUUUGAUUGAAUUUAUUGUCUAUCAAUUCUCCAAAUUUGUACAGAUUAAUAUUUAAUGUUUUUAAAAAAUGCACUAUUAUUGCUUUAAGUGUCACUGAAAUUAUUUAAAAUUUUCAAUAAGUGGCUCUCGUGAUUAGUUUUUCAAAAUCAUAUCAUUAUGACACGUACAUGAAAUUCCUGUAUACCACAGCCCGAGUGUUCUGUAGUACACGUGUAUGAGAACUGGGGAUUAUAUUCGUAGUACGUCUCUGUUGGAAAUUAUGCAUUACAGGAAGAUCUGUUAACUUUGUACAUCCCUAUGGUAAACAUCGUAAUUUAGAAUGAAUCAUGGUUAUGAUAAUAUGGCUAAAUAUCAGUCAGGGAUCCAGUUUGUUUUAAACUAUUUCGGAUACUUUUUCUUGCUCAGAAAGAUUCAAUAUCAAUUAAGGAGGUAUGCUACACCAGAGAAAUUUGAUGUAGAUGAAAAGUGGAGGAUAUGUACAACAAUAUUUUGAAGUUGAAAAUUUUCAAAUUUACUUUAUUUUGUCAAAAAAUACAGUUUCAGUAGAAGGUAAUCUGAAAAAAAUUUAAAACCCCUGCCGGACUCAAACCUGCGACCUACAGUCCAGCAGUCGGUAUUCAAACCUACUGAGCUACUCGACUAGGUAUUUAAAUGGAAAAGGAAAAAACAAAUAUUGCUGAUAUUGAUUUUUUUCAUCCAUGUUUUUAAAGGAAGUCAGCCAUUAUGACGAUGUAGAGUACUACCUUAAGGAGAUAUUACACAUGAAGGGAAGAUUUUUAUGUAUAUAUGGAAACUGGAGAAUAUGUGCUAUGAACUUUAAAAUUUACCAUAAUGAAAAAAUGCAAUUUUGGUAGAAGGUCACAUGUAUAAAAAAAAAAAAGAUUAAAAAACCCUUGAGGAUUCAAACUCGUGAUUUAUAGAUCAUCAACCUCACAUUUUUAGAUCAAGCAAUGUAAACGUAAUGACAAAUAAAACAUUGAGUAUUUGAAAUACAUGUACACCAAAAUAUUCUCUGUUUUGUUGACUGCAUGUUUUGUGUUUUGUUUUCAAGAACAUAAAAGUUGUUAGUUAUUACUGGUAUAUGACAUGAAAUAUCUUGAAAUAAUACAUGUACUUGCAUAACUCGGAUCAUGUCUAACUUUUUCAUUUAUUUCAAAGAUAUUUCCUACUAAAUCUUGAUGCAAACAAACAAAAAAUUAAUGGACCCCCCCCCCCUCCCCCUCCACUUUGACAUAUUUCAUUUCUGGUGGAAAUACUGACUAACUAUUACUUCAGAAUUCAAAUCAUUCUCACAAUUUUUCAAUAGAUGAUGUAUUCUACAAUUAUAUUGACAUAUUUACAAUGCUACAAUAUUCAGGCUCAGUGAAUAACAUAUUUCUUGGGUAGCUAAAGCUUUGUAUUGACUGGGAAAAUGUCAAUAAUUGUUUUAUCAUCUGAUUAAUUCCUAACAUAAAGACUGGCUACUAGAGCCUAUGAAAUGAUACCUGGUCGGCCAUCUUUGUAUACAGCUUGACACAAGGUGAUGAGAGACACAAGUUUAGGUUUAUCAAGACUAGAUGAUUUAAAACAUCACACAUAUAGAACUUCCCAAGCGAUACCUUAUUGGUCAUCAUUGGGUUCAGUGUUACUAUAUGUCAACAAUUGUUACUCCAGUGUCUUAGUACAAUUAUAAGUGCCAGGUGGUCAAAAGUGGGUGGACCAAAAAAUGAUCAUCAAUUUUGAAAAUCCUGAUUUCUUUUUGGCCUGAUGUUGUAGAAGUCAAAAGUUAUAUUCACCCCGAAGGCAGGUACAGGUGGAUUAACAUCCUGUUUUUCCCAGGUCGUUAGAUCUCGGCCAAUAAUUAUUCAAUCAUAUAAUAACGCAUGUUAACCCACUGAGCAAACCAGGUGGAUAAGAUUUAAAAGGACGAGGAAUAUAUUACUGAUAUUUAUUAUUUUGAAAGGAUUCGUCAGCCAUCUUAUCAUGAUGAAUGUGUUAUUUCUCUUUAAUUGUUGAAAUCGAAAAUAUAAAAAUGAAAUUGAAUAUAUAAAAUGAAGCAUGGAGAUAGGAUUUAGGCCAUUUAAUAGAACAGGAAGUGUUUAAACUCGAAUUGUUUAUUUUUACCUUCAAAAGGCAUCAGAAAUGACCUCCUCUACAUUUUGGUUGCUGUUUCUUUGGAAUUGGCUGUGUAUAGAUGGUGAGGAGUCCCAUUCCUGGAUGAGCAUUUAUAUAUUCCAUCGAUAAAAAUAUGGCAGUCCCUUUAUCCGUGAAAGGAGGAAUGGAUUUUAUGUUAAAAAUUUCGUCACUUUUCUUCUUCAUGGUCUAUGGACAAGCCCAAUAUUCCAAUCGAUUUCUAGAAAAAGAUUUAAAUAUUAACACAUUCCAAAAUGAGAGUACCAGAAACUACAGCUUCUUGUACAUAGACAACUCAACAGGGACAUUAUUUGUGGGAGCUAGGAAUCGUUUAAUACAACUUAGUCUAGACAAUAUUAGUGAUUCAAGUCAAUUGAGAUCCAAGUCAAUAAUGGCCUCUAAAUCUAAUCAAGUGCUAUGUAAAUUUAAUGGGAAAUCAGAGGAGUACUGUCAGAAUUACAUAAAGUACAUAGUUCGUGUCGAUAACUCCACACUGUAUUUCUGUGGAACUGAUGCCAACACACCUUCUGAGUAUACAGCUACGGUAAAUGGUAAUGACUUGGUCAUAUCUUCACCUAAAAAAGCUACAGCGUGUCCGAGAGACCCGAAAGACAACACCACAGCUGUUUAUGUCACCAGUGGUAACCCAAAUAAUCACGCAGCUCUGUAUUCAGCAACCAUUCUUGAUAACGGAAAGGCUACUAUAUCUAGACCGGCUCUUCCAGGGGGCAUCGAUAAACUGGAAAAUGCUGACCCCAUCCGCUGGCUGAAUGAGCCCCAGUUUGUUGCUUCGUUCGAUGUUGAUGAAGACGUUUACUUCUUCUUCCGAGAAAUUGCUCUGGAGUACUCAGAUUUUAUGAAGAAGACGGUGUCCAGGGUAGCAAGAGUUUGCAAGAAAGACCUUGGUGGUAGCAGUUUGCUGGUCAACAAAUGGACGACCUAUCAGAAAGCCAGGCUGAACUGCUCUCUUCCAGGCUCAUUCCCAUUUUACUUUGAUGAAAUUCAGGAUGUGCAACUUGUAAACAACACUUUCUAUGGAUUAUUCAUCUCCUCCGUUAAUGGAUCUUCAGGCUCUGCUAUCUGUGCCUUCACAGUAAGUUCGGUGAAGGACAGGUUUGCUGAUAAAGUAUACAAAUUUAGGGAGACUCCCACCUCCAUCUGGACCCCCCUACCCGCAAGCAAGAUUCCCAAGGACAGUGACCCAGGCAAGUGCAUUGAUGACUCAAAGAGCCUGAAGGAUGUAGAAGAAAAUUUCAUGAUGGAAUACCCCCUUAAGGACUCCCCAGUGCAGCAGAAUGGAGGUAAACCGCUCGUCUUUGUGAACGGCAUUCAGAUGCACGUUCUACAGGUGGACAAGGAGCGCAGUCGACAGGGAGGAUCCCUCAUUCUGUAUGCAGCUUCCAACACUGGAGAAGUGUACAAAAUUCACUCCUGGAGCAAUGGAAAGAAGCAUGCCUUAUCUACUGUGUUCUCACCACUACCCAAAUCAGAAGUCAUCUGGGACAUGAAAUUUUUCAAUGACAUGCUCUAUAUAAGCACCGAUUCUGCAGUUAAGCAGUUCCCAGUCAUUAUAUGCGACAAAUAUGUGAAGAUUGACGCCUGUCUCCAUGACCCAUACUGCACCUGGAAAAAAACCCAGUCAUUGUUCAGUGGAAGUUGUGCUGUUAGGAAACCAUCCAUGGAGAAUGGUUUGCUGUUUAUCGGAGAUGCCACUGAUAAAAGCAGUGAUAACCAGUAUACUCAUGAGGAUAUUCCUAGACUGAUGAAGAGUUACAAUGCUUCAAUGCACAAUAAAACCAAGAGGGACGUGGGUGUAGGCCAGUCAACAACACUACCACAUAAUUAUCCUUUUACCUUGGAUGGAAAAAAGGUGACUUGGUACAAAAUGAUGUUAAGUAAUGAAGGAAACAAGAAAGCACAAGUGCAGCUGGAUAAUAAUAAUAUGAUGAAUAGCAACCAGGAUCUCAUUCUGUCUCGAGUCUAUGACAAAGAUCAAGGAGUUUAUGAAGCUUACUAUGAAGAUGAAAAGCUAAGCACAGUGGAAGUGAAACUGAUGCAGACUAACGACGAUAUGGAGAAAGCUUGGAAAGCAAGAUUCACAGAGUGGUGUGAGGAAUUCGAUAGGAUUAAGAAAAUGAGCUAUUCCAAUCAAUGUUGACAAGGACUGAAGACAACAGACUCGUAAUAUUCUUAAAUUUGGAUUUUUUAGUGGAUUCUUCAAAAGUGAUGUUAAUGAAAUUUCUCACAUAAUCCCAUGAGGCUUAUAUGACACAAGCUGAUGAGUUUCUGCAAGAUACAGGAAAUAGCUCAGUCAAACUUCUGUAAUGAUACUCAACUGAAACAACUACUCGCAUGGACUCAUAUGAAAAUUUCAUUGUGUGUUUUUGGCUUCAUGUUGAAUGAGAUGAUGCUACAAACCUUGAUCUUGCCUUUGAAACACAUGUGAAAAUGAGCGGUGUGAAUAUAGAAUUUAGCUUGUGUUUCAAUUAAUUGACUUUAUGUUUGCAUCACGCAGGAAUCUCAAAUGGCGUCAAGUUCUUAAAUUGAUGAGCAAAGAUUUAAUCAUAGUCAAAACUCUGUUAGUGAUGUUCGUAUUAUGAUAGACUUACAUGAUACAUAGAGAAACUAUGAACAUCCAUAAAUGGCAUGGUCCCAUUUCAAUUCUGACGGACCGGAGAGCUAAUGGUAUUCAGGAGUUUUCUAGUCAGAAAUAGAAGUGGCCAGUCGAUAGAAAUGUGAAGGAAAUCUAGGGACUGAGAGAAAGAAGUGGUUUGUACUGCAAAAACAAGGAUCUGGAGAGAAACUCCAGCAAAUGAACUGUGAUAGGACUACAAGACAUGAAUAAUCAAAGUCGGAAAUCAAACAAGCUGGAGCUGGCUUUUCUGAUGUGCUUGUCAGUUUGCAUUUAGUUUAUUUUGAUUCUCAUUAUGCAUUUUAUUUUAUAUUUUAGUUUGUUUUAUGUGCAUGCUAAAUUUUCUCUCCAAGAUGUAUUAUAACUAUAAAGUUUUGAACAGUUGAAAUACUGGAGGAUGGAAAAAUAAUCUCAAAAUGAGAAAAAGACAUAGAACUGUGAUACGUAGAUCAAAAAUAGCACCACAAAGUUUGAUAGGAUUUUGAUUUAAAUAAUUGACAAGAAAUGAAAAACAUAUUUUUACUUUCAUUUUUUCAUUUGAAGUUGCAUUUUGGGAAACAGCACAUAGAUAGUUUUUGAUAACUUUUGACACACCAAUGGAUCACUCCAUGUGUAAGAUUUGUACAUGAUAGUUGUGUUUGUUACAAUAAGAUCUGUAUAUAUUCAGUUUUGGUUAUUCUGAUGAUCCGCCAUGUAUACAUCAUAUAUUCCUGUGUAGGAUCCAAACAAUGUAAGUGGGUUAUACUGGAAUUUCCAUAUCUGUCCGUCCUUCCUUCCCUAUAUACUGUGUUCUCUGAUUACAAAGAGGACACGGUUUACCGGAGGGAAGCAGGUACUUGGUCAGUCUGUCCGUCCUUCCUUCCCUAUAUACUGUGUUCUCUGAUUACAAAGAGGACACGGUUUACCGGAGGGAAGCAGGUACUUGGUCAGUCUGGCCGUCCUUCCUUCCCUAUAUACUGUGUUCUCUGAUUACAAAGAGGACACGGUUUACCGGAGGGAAGCAGGUACUUGGUCAGUCUGGCCGUAACUUCACCUACAUGCCGAAUCUUCCGUACUAGAUGAGAUUACCUAACGCGCUUCAUGAAGUAGGCUGGCGUGAGGCGUCGCAGUUCAUACCUGCAUGUAUUUUCUGUCUUUAUAAGAAGUCAGAGAAAAUUGCUAUGAUGCCUUUUCUUACUUUUACAUCUUUAGACAUUGCCGACACUAUAAUACUGCCGAUUUGAUUGCCAUAAGGUCAUGUUGAGAUGAUACGUUACUCACAUUACUUAUAAAAUAUUUAUAAGAUGCGAGAAGUUUUGAAGUUUAUGAGCUUUGAACCCUGGGUAAACGAGGAGAGGAUUAUACAUUUUGCCCGUGGGUAAACGAUGAGAAAAUUGUACAUUUUUCCCAUGGUUUGCAGUGAUGGCAUAUUUAGGUGCUACAUUUUAAAUAAAUGAUAAUGGAUGGGCAGUUGUUGUUUCUAACCCUCUCCCCUAUUUAUUUGAUCCUAGUACUUUACUAGUAAUGUUCAGGCAAUCAUCGAUUUCAUCAUAUUUAUAAACACAUCUUAUUUUGAGGCAGAGUAAUCUGGACAGCAGACAGGAUGUUGUCCUCUAAACGAGCUAGUUCUGUCGAUAUGUACAUGUAUGUAUGGGUUUUUUUUUCUGUUCAGCAUAUUGCAUAUUUAUUAAAUCUUCCAUUGUGUGUAGAGGAGGAGAACAAGGAGACGAGGAUUAACUGUGACAAUUCUAAUGAUUAGAAAUAUACUAAAUAUUGGUGUUCGUAACAAUAAUAAACCCCAUUGGUGUUUUCAACUAGACAUUAACCAAGAAAAGUAUCUUCUGGGGUGACGGAAAAUGAUAACGAUGCCAAAUGGAACAGACUCAACAAAAACUCGGAUUUGGAUUCCAGUUCUUAGUUUCGGCAAGAUCUACAAUCCCACGUGCUUUUCAUGUUCAGUAUGGAAAUGGAUUUCCUUUUCUGUCCAAGGUUAUUUGAAUGUCUUUUUCAUAUAUACGUGUAUUUUGCAUUUGUGUGUAUGAUGAUAUAAUUUUAAAGUGUAUGAUUUGUUAACGUAUCAUUUCUGGUAACUGCAGCUAAUAUCCCAGAAACUUGACAGUGUCUGUUCAUUAAGGUGAUGUGAAUGUCAUGGGCUGCAUCGUUAGUGUCUGUUUUUAGUGUUAUGAUGAAAAUACUUUCAAUUUUGGAGUUGAAAGAUGCCUUGCCAGUAACUGUUUUGUAAAUAUGAAAGGCAUCAUAUGAUAUUCCUCAUCUCUAACCUGACAACCACAAACACUUAAUGAAAUAAUGUUCACAGGUGUAAGGAGUACCUUAAGAAUGAGCUUGUUAUUGCACAGGGCACUAUGUAACGUUUACCGAUAUAUUGAUGUAGUUCUGUACCAUGUCCAUUUCUCCAGGAGUAUAGAUUUAAAGUGUUCAGAAUCAAAAUUUCUGAAAACUAAAGGUUUACUUUUAAAAGCAUCUGAUUCAAAACAUUGUAUCAUAUUAUCUAGUGCCAUGUGGAUUAGUACCCAGAUUAAGCUAGUGUAUAUGUAUAAACAGUAAUGUGAAUCUGUGUUCAAGGGAGACUCCACAGGAUGCCAUUGUAAUUUACCCGUAUGUAAUUUAUUUUUAAUUCAUUUUAUGCAUGAAAAUAAACCUGAAUUGGAUUCAU